GGAUCAAAAAUGCCACGUCAAAGUUAAAAAUUGAACCAUUUUCCUUGUACUAUUGAAGUAAAGAGCAUCACGCAAAAGGGGAAAGAGGAAUAAAGGAAGACAUUAGGUAAAGAUGUGGAAAAUAGACCGGUCACUCUUUGUUAUAUUAGUAUUAAAGAUCAAUGCAUGCACUAGUCCAACCACGACUAUCAACAAAUGAAAAGAGCUAUGAACAUUGACAUCUGGUGUGAAAUGAUCGAUUUCACAUGCGUCUUCUUCCAAGGACUGACUUCUGCAUGGUCAUCUCCUUGAUAUCUAUAAUAAAUCCAGGUUGAGGGUGACAUAUAGCUUAUCAUGGAUGCUUUUAGAUUGCUGAUUAUCUGUGGCAUACAUGGGUCUAUAUAUAAUUCUCAAAGCAGAUGGGUUGCAUUCUUACUACUUACCUCACACCAAAGCAAGAAGAUUAGAGGAGCUUGUCUUUGUGCAAGGUAUCCAAAAUCAAAAUGUACAAGCUAUCAGCUUGCUGUUCUAUGGCCUGUGGAAUUUCCUUGCACCCUAAGAUGGUCCUGGCCAGUUUGAGAAUUCGAAAGCAGGGAAAUGGUCAUCGCACAAAUGUACCCCGUAAUGUAAACUUGGAAAAGCUGCAAAAUAACUACUUGUUUCCUGAGAUCUCAAAGCGGGAGGUCCAGCACAUGGAUAAGUACCCAAAUGCAAAAGUGAUUAGCCUUGGAAUUGGUGAUACCACGGAGCCCAUUCCUGAGAAAAUUAGCCUUAGCAUGGCUAAUUAUGCGCGUGCCCUUUCAACUGCUGAUGGUUACAGAGGCUAUGGAGCUGAGCAAGGGAACCAGGCGUUGAGGAAAGCAAUUGCAGAAACAUUCUACAAAGAUGUAGUCAUAAAAGACACAGAAGUUUUUGUAUCAGAUGGUUCUCAGUGUGAUAUUUCCCGCCUUCAGCUGCUUCUAGGUUCAAAAGUGACAAUAGCCGUGCAGGAUCCAUCUUUUCCGGCUUAUAUAGAUUCAAGUGUUAUUAUUGGCCAGGCUGGUGAUUUUCAAGACAAAACUGGGAAGUACCAGAACAUUGAAUACAUGCCGUGUGGACCUCAAAAUAAUUUUUUCCCAGAUUUAGCAACCACUCCAAGAACAGAUAUUAUCUUCUUUUGUUCUCCAAAUAAUCCUACAGGUCAUGCAGCAACAAGGAAGCAAUUACAGCAGCUUGUAGAAUUUGCAAGGGAUAAUGGAUCAAUUAUUAUUUUUGACUCUGCUUAUGCAGCCUAUAUCACUGACGACAGUCCUAAAUCAAUCUUUGAAAUUCCUGGUGCCAAAGAGGUUGCAAUUGAAAUUUCUUCAUUCUCCAAAUUUGCUGGCUUCACGGGAGUUCGUCUUGGUUGGACGGUGGUCCCUGAAGAACUCUUGUUUUCAAGUGGUUUUCCUGUCAUAAAUGACUUCAAUCGCAUUGUAUGCACAUGCUUCAAUGGAGCAUCCAACAUAGCCCAGGCUGGUGGACUAGCAUGCCUUUCUUCAGAAGGUUUCCAGGCUAUCCGCUCAGUGAUCGACUACUACAAGGAGAAUGCGAACAUAUUAGUAGACACUUUUGCCUCUCUCGGUCUAAAUGUUUAUGGAGGCGUUAAUGCCCCAUAUGUUUGGGUGCAUUUUCCCGGUUCUAAAUCAUGGAGCGUAUUCUCAGAAAUUCUUGAGAAGACUCAUAUAAUAACAGUACCAGGAUCUGGUUUUGGUCCUGGUGGUGCAGAGUACAUCAGAAUCAGUGCUUUUGGGCAAAGAGACCGCAUCAUAGAAGCAUCAUGGAGGCUGGAAAAACUUUUCUCCAAGGAAAAAACCCUUUUUAACUCUGUCUGGAAUAUAGAGUGAAGUUGUAUGUAAAUAAUAACCUGGUAGCAAGUUCACUGCUAUCAAAUUGGAUUUGUCCU